CAUCAUCGAUCCGGUUUUUUUCGAAUGAUUUAUUCACAUCCAAUAACAAUUGUUUUCAAUUCAAUUCAAUUCUUUGAUUGGUGAUCAGAAUUUAACCUACUAUAUCUCGUACACCACCACCAUCAUAACCAUGUCAUCGAUAAGUCAUCAUUAUCGUUGUUUUUUAUCUUCAAGAAUGAUGAUUACACAGAUCAUUCCAAUCAUUAUAAUCAUAAUGAAUUUAGCACAACAAUCGAUGGUGUAUGCAAAACCAAAUUAUCCACUAUUAAGAGGUGUAACAUUUCGGAAUUGGCCAUAUGCUGAUCGUAUCAAUGAUCGAUAUGAAGGUUUUGUUGUUGAUCUGAUGAAUUUGAUUGCCAAAAAAGUUGGCUUUGAAUAUCGUUUGUAUUUUUCACCGGAUGGUAAAUAUGGUACUGAAUAUAAUGGUAAUAAUAUCAACGGAAUGAUUGGCGAAGUUUUUCGUAAUAGAGCCGAUUUUGCUAUUGCCGAUUUGACUGUUACGGAUGCACGUAAACGUUAUGUUGAUUUUACUGAUGCUUUUCUUGAAAAUCAAUUGGCCGCCAUAAUUCGACGUGAUGAUGCUGUCGGUUUACGUACAUUGGAAGAUUUAGUAACAUUAAAUGAGAUUAAUCAUCGACAAGAGUUGCCGCCAACUGAGAGACAGCAUCUUCUUACAUAUGGUACAUAUAAAACUGGUGCUACAUAUUUUCAUCUAUCAAAACAUCGUGAUCCAAUAGCUAGAAAAAUAUUUGAAUGGAUGUUUCGAAAUCCCGAUGCAUUGGUACGUUCGGCUAAAGAAGGUUUUGAACGUGUCAAUGCAGGACGUUAUGCAUUCAUUGUGGAAUCAACAUUUGCUGAAUACCUGACCGGUAUUUAUUGUAAUCUGACAAUGUUAUAUGAUACACGUUCAUUGUAUCCAAGAAGAUUUGCUAUCGCAUUGCCAAAAGGAUCACCAUUAAUUCAAUCAUUCAAUAAAGUAAUACGUGAAUUGAAAGCCACUGGAACAAUUGAAAGAUUAAGGCGUCAAUAUUGGAUUAAUCGUUGUAGCCAUUUGGAUGAAUUCAACCAUUCAACGUUGUCGUCGUCAACAAUUUCACCACCACAAUCAUCAUCAUCAUCAACACUGCCACCAGCAAUUGCCAUACCCAUCAACAGAACUGUCGAUCAUAACCACAAAACGGAUGAUCAAUUAAUGAAUUUACCAUCAUCACAGCAUCAUAAUGAUGGUGAUUAUAAUCAUCAUCAACAACAACAACAACCAAAUGAAAAUAAAAAUCAAGCAAAAAUUGAAUGGUCAAGUCAUAAUCGUCAUUAUCAUCCAAUAAUAAAUGAUCGUAAUAAUAAUCCAAUUCAUCAUCACCAUCGUAUGAAUGUUCCAUCAUCACAGCCACAACAGCCACCAUCUCAUCAUCAUCCACAUAAUCGCCAUCAUCAGAUUAUGAUAAACAAUAAUAAUCGUAAUAAAAUGAAUACAGAUUAUGACCUAGAUAAUGAUGUUGGUGGUGGUGGUGGUGGUGGUCAAUAUUAUUCAAUAAAAAGAUCAAAUGGUUCAUCAUCAUCAAUUAGGCCAUCAUCAUCAUGGUGGUGGUGGUGGUCAUCCGCUAUCCAUUCGAUAAUUAUCAUUCUAUUAUACAGGCCGAUUUAUAGAUGAUAAAAAAUGGCUACAAAAGUGGAUGAUAAAAUUCUUUUUGAAUUUUAUUCAAUUUUGCUAAUGAUCUCUACAAUGACAAACAACAUGGACACUUUUUUUUUCUUGUCAUCAUCAUCGAUAUUACAUACAGACAACGGGUGAUAUAUUAUUAUUCAUCAGCA